CUGACCCCGGGAGCUCCAGGCGUCAAGCUCACCGCGCGGUCCUCCUCACUUGACCACUUCUCCCGUUCGCCUUCAUUGAUCAUCUACUUGCUUGUUUCUUCUUUGAUAUUCACUUACCGCAAACAUGUUCUCUUGGGUAUCGCCGGCAAGGACUUCGUCAUUCUUGCAGCAUCCAAGGCCGCAAUGAGAGGCCCGACAGUUCUGAAGGCCGAGGAUGAUAAGACACGACAGCUGAACAAGAACACACUCAUGGCUUUCUCUGGAGAGUCUGGAGAUACUGUUCAAUUUGCCGAAUAUAUCCAAGCCAACGCUGCGCUUUACAGCAUGCGUAACGACACCGAACUCAGCCCCUCCGCCGUUGCCAAUUUCGUUCGGGGAGAAUUGGCGCGCAGUCUGCGAUCACGGAGCCCGUACACCGUCAACCUACUGCUCGGUGGCAUAGACCCGGUCACUGAGGCUCCCCAUCUCUACUGGAUUGACUACCUUGCGUCAUUGGCACCCCUACCAUAUGCUGCCCACGGUUAUGCCCAAUACUACUGUCUAUCCAUCCUCGACAAACACCACAACCCUAACAUCAAUCUGGAUGAGGGACUCAAGCUCCUCACUUUGUGCACAGACGAGCUGAAGCGCAGACUACCUAUCGACUACAAGGGAGUCUUGGUGAAGGUAGUGACGAAGGACGGUGUGAGGGAAAUAGACGUUGAUAACGAUAAGGUGGUCAAGUGUGCUUAAUGGUCGACAUGAGGCGUUUGUUGAAUCACAUCCUAUGACGUUUUCUUUGGUUAUGGCUUCAUCUUGGCAUGGUAUGACUUAGGCUGUAACAAAUGAGUGGAU